AUGUCAUUUUUUGAGAACCUCUACUCAACACAUUCCGCAAACAUUUCAGCAAUUGGAGGACCGGGAAUCUUUGGAAAAAUUGGAACUCCAAUUUGGUUCUAUGUUUCUCAUUCUCAACCGAUUGACUUGAAAGUUGAGAUUUCUUCCAGUAAGUAGAAAAAAAAUGAUCCUCGUUUUCAAGUUUAUGGAAAUCUCUGGUAAAUGUUAAUAGUAUCACAUUUUUCAGCCAAAACUGGAAAAAUAAUCAAUCACAUGCAAGAAUUCAUACAACAUAAAUCGGUCACAAUAAUUUUUUUCGCUUGUGAAACACAAAAAGAUGAAUUGGAAAUUUUUAUUGGAUUGAGAGAAUGUUAAAGUUGGUGGAACUUUGAAUGGGUUGUCGAACAAAGUCCAAGCGGCAAAAAGUGAAAUAUCAGUGACAACUGUUGGAACUUUGAAUGGGUUGAUGGACAAAGUCCAAAAGGCAAAGAGUGAAAUAUCAGUGACAACUGGUCCGAAUAUGAGAUCGGAACCAUCAUUCUCACAACUAUCGGAUAGAACUUGGGCAAAUUACGCUCGAGAACUCACAAAUUCCCCGAAUCCCAUAUUUUCAUCAACACUGUAAGUUAAUUAGGCAAAGAUGGGGCCCAAAAGUGUUGCGCAUUCAGAAAUAAGCCCUUGAUUUUCAGUAAUUCUUCACAAAUUUCUUCAAUUCCGAAAAAUGUCAUUCGAAAUACAACAAGUUAGUUUUUUCCAUCCGAAGUUCAUAAUCAUAAUGACUCUAUUCAGAAGAAAUUCGAAUUGCUUGGUUUUUUGGCGGGGAAAAAAUUAUAGAAAGUGAGAAGAUAUUUGAGAGGCAAGCGAUUGAGCCACCCAAUAGUAUUCUCCCAUCGGCAUUGUAUGGAAAGCUAAUUGAAUGGUGCACCAUAUUAGACGGAGAAAGUUUGAGUGAAAUCAUCAAACAAAUCAUAUAA